AUGACCGUUAGAGUCAUCGAAUCACGAAAUCUUCGGGACAGCGGCAAUCUACGUGUUCGGGUGGGACUUGAUGGGCGAACAAAGCCUACACGUGUCACAACCGAACUUCACCCAAAAUGGCAACAAAAUCUCAACUUUGCCAUUGAAGAGUCACUUGAAAAAGCCGCGAACAAAAUGUUUUCUAUUCAAAUAAUGCAUCAGCCGGGCGGUGUUGUACUCAACAAAUGGAUUUCACUUGCUCCACCGCCAAAAGAUGGAAGGCGAGCAGAAAGAGAUGAAGAUAUUGGAUUCAUAAAGGCCUCAAUUGCCGUGUACGGAGCUCGAGAUACGCCGCCAAUCUUUGAAGAUGAUGACGAAAGUGAGGAAAUUUUCAAUGCUCGUCAUUUCACUGGACAUACUCUAAGAAUUCGACUUCAUCGGCUGCUUCAAUUGAUUUCUGAAGUGCGUCAUGAGAUUAUUUCAAAAGGCAAGAAACCGAAAACAGCUUCAUUCUGCAUCAAGGCGUUUUCUGGCGAUUGCACUGAAGUGACAUCGUUGAAGUUGUUGAAAGGGUCAGCAGUCAGUUUUGAUCAAGAACUCUUGUUACCUUUUCUAUGGCCAACUGUGAUUAACAAGUUCCACUUUCAACUCAUUAUGCAUCGUGGUAAGAAAAAUCGAAUUAUUGCACAGACGAGUUUGCCUCUUUCGGACGUUUAUUCACCUGGUGAAGACGGAUAUCUACCCCAAUUUGGACCCGCUUUUUUGAACUUUUAUGGGAGAGAAAGUUUGCCAAAAUUGAAGAAAUUUGGAGACAAAAAGCUACUACCUGAAACCGAAUUAGUGAAAUUUUAUGGUCGGAUCUCGGUUUCGGUUGAUUGUAUUGAUUGGAUUGGAGAUUCAACGGAAAGAACCGAACUAUCAUAUAAUGGAUCACAAUACUUUCAUCGUUUUGAGCGCCUUCAUCACUAUACCCUUUUUGCUUCAAUGAUUGCAUGCAAUAAAAUAAAUCGUAGAUUUGCUUCGGAUAAUGUUUCAUUCUUGAUCUCUAUGGGUGACUACGGAACUUCCGAGCACACAUCACCACUUCCACGAAGCAGCACUCAUCCGGCAAUGCCGGACCACGAUGACUGUCGAGAUUUUUGCAUGGGUUGGGGAAACCAGCAACCACUCAUUGAAUUUGGAGCUCUAUGGGAGAAUGUACAAUAUAGAAUUGAGAGGAGUAACGCAAUUUCUGCUAUUGCCAACGUUUUGGACAAGCUACUUGCUGAAGUUGCUGCUCUGGGUGGUCACAAUGACUUGCGAGGAGCCGAUCUGAUGCUCGAGGCGAUUGAAAUGGCAAAUGAAAUGUUGAAGAAAAUUGAACGUCACCAUUGCCCAGAUCGCCUGCAAACACAACACGACUUUUUGCAUCAAGAGACUCGGCAAAUGAUGAUUGAAGACAUCCGGGAUGAAAUCACAACGCUAAAACACGAGGAACUAAGUCUGGAAAAAGCGGUCGACGAGUUGAUUCGAAUGACAACUCGAAUCUCUCAGACUUUAAGGCGUCUUGCUCGCGACGCCGAGAGUUCACUUCCGGACAUCUUGGUGAAAAUGGUUGCCGGUACACGUGUAGUUGCAUACGCUCGAAUUGCGCCAAGAGAUAUUAUGCAUUCAAAUAUGGGCAAGGUGGUCUCGGGUCGAUUUUGUGGCAAAGCUCGAGCUAUCCCAUUGACCUGGCUAGAUGGUGUCAUUAAAAAGCGUUCAAUAACGGAAGAAAUACCAGCCGUUGUUCAUGUCAGAAUGUGGUUGGGUCGAAAUGUUGAAAAAAAUGCCUACCUCUCGACAAUAAGACCAGCUGAAUCAAGAUGCUAUUGGGAAGUCUAUCAUUAUCAGAAUCGUUCAACUCCAAUCUCUCCAUGGACUUCUAUUGGGCAUUUUGAUUAUCGAGGACAAGUAGUGGAUGUGAGAGAGGGUCCACAAAUUCCGGAAGGAUGGCAGAAUGCGGGUGUAUGGGCGAUUCGAAAUACACAUGAGCGUUGGGUGGCUUCGGACCAAGGGCGAGUGGUAUAUGAUGAUAAGUUGUACGAAUUACAGGAACGAUCGACCAAAGGAUGGAGAUUUCGAAAUUAUACCGAUGUUUGGGGAGGCAAAAUUUCGGAAAAGGUGAUGAACACGCCAACCAAAGGUUGGGCUUAUGAAGGAGAAUGGACGAGAGAUCUGCAUACACCAGGUGGCGAAGGACCUGGAGAUCGUGCUGAGAGAUUGGUUCACAUGUUUCGACGAAGAAUCUUGACCCGAACAAGACGACGUGAAGAGGUUCGGCAGAAGAGCAACACUCUAGCGGCAAUGCAAGAUGCACUUCUGGCUGACGAUUAUUGGGAGUAUACUUCAGAGAGAGAUGGGCCGUAUCACGAUAAAUGCAUGACAGGAGAUCGACUGCGGCGUCGCAGAUUUGUAAUUCCAGUCACGAAAACAAUUGCGGCAGCAAAGAACUUUAACAUUGUUCGUCAAUAUGAAGUGCACGAAGUUGUUUCACAAUGGCAAUUGCGAGUUUACAUUUUCUGGGCGAAAGACCUCCUACCACUGACGAAAGAUUUUUCAUCACGAGCCUUCGUACGCGUCUCAUAUCUUCAUUCUACCAAACAAACUGCAGUCGUAGAUCGAACGGCUAAUCCUGUUUUCAACGAGACGUUAAUAUUCGAUAAACUUUUGAUACCGGGAGCACAUCAUGUAAUCACCGAUUGUCCCCCAUCGGUGUUCGUUGAAGUGAAAGGAGAACGACAUGAUGAUUCGGAGUGCUUUAUGGGAUGUUUCACAGCAGCUCCAACCGUUAUUUGCUCUGCGACAGAUCGGCGAGCUUCAAUGCGAUGGAUGAAGUUGCACUUUGGCUCAGGAAAGACACGUGGAGCUCUCUUGUGUGCCUUUGAACUGUUUCUUCGUGACCAAAAUCAUAAAAUCGAUCUUCCGUUGGUGCCAGCUAAGAAGAAAGCAGGAAGAAUCGAGGUUCCGAUGGAAUUACGUCCCAAAUUCAGCAAGUACAGCAUUCAAAUGUUGUGUUGGGGUGUAAGAAACUUGCACAGACACAAUCUACUCACCGUGCGCCGCCCAUUCAUCAGCAUGAUUUUUGGUGAUGUUGACGCAAAGACGAAAGCGUUGAACGAUGUGAAAGAAAAUCCAAAUUUCACCGAACCUCUAUUGUCUUUUCAAGAAAUUCUUCUACCAGAUGAGUUGUCUCUUGCUCCUCCACUAAUUUUCAACUUGCACGACCAGCGAGCGUUUCGACGGGCACCCCUUGUAGGCGUAUGCCUCAUCUCCGAUUACAAAAGAUUUGUCAAACAGGCCAUUCUACAAAAGGUAGACCAUCAUUCGUUUGAAUGGGGUGCAUUUGACCAAUUUGUCGAAACGGAAGAGGCGAGUGAAGAAGGAAAGUCUGCCUCAAAUGACGAAUCAAUUUUGGGAGAGUACAGAAUUGAUUGGUGGAGUAAAUUCUACACUUCAAAUGGAAAUCCAGAAAAAGCGCCCGGCUUUGAUAAAACUGGAAUCGAACAACUUCGGAUCUUCCGAUGGGCGCUUGAAGAUACGGUGGAAUAUGGAAGAUUUUGUGAUUUCCUUGAUACGUUUCAGUUCAAAAAAUCGGCGAAAGGACACUUUGAUGAUCACGAGGAAAAAGAGGUCACAGGGGAGUUGAAAGGACGCCUUUUCUUGAAGAAAUAUGAAGACAAUACGCCUCCUAUUCUUGCACCACCGGCUGGAAUCGAAUUCAUUGGAGUCACCUCGUGUUGUGUGAGACUUUAUGUUGUGUCAGCGGCUGGUCUUGUCAUCAAGAAAACGAAUCGAGCUUGUGAUUCUUAUGUCAUUGCAAGGAUAGGAAAACAAAAAUUGAGUCGCAAAAAUGAAUAUCGGCCUGAUGAAGUGAACCCGGAAUACGGAGAGGUUUUUGAAUGGGAUGUUACUCUACCAUUGGAAAAGGACUUAACGAUAACUGUGAUGAAUAGAAAGCGGAUAGUUAGAGAUGACGAGAUUGGAUCAACAACAAUAGACUUGGAGAACCGGCUGCUAACAAAACAUCGAGCAACUGUUGGUCUAGCACGACAGUAUACGAUCACUGGGGAGCUUACGUGGAGAGAUCAAAUGAGUCCACUGGCUAUUCUGAAAAGAUAUUGUGAACGCAUGAAAAUUCCUCCGCCACAAGUGCUUUUCAAGAAAGGCUCAAAUGAAGAAGUGAUCGAUGUUGGACUAAAGAUUUUGGAAAUUGACUUCUGGCUUUUAACAUUUGAGAAAGACGCCCCAGAGCGGCCUCGGGUGGGACGACCAGCACAACGAGUGGCUCUUUACAUUCUGAACAGAAUGGGGUUGGUUCCUGAACACGUGGAGACGAGAGCUCUUUUCGACAGUCAUGGAGGAAAACAAAAAGUUGGCGAUCUGUUGUGUUGGGUAGACAUCUUUCCGCGAUGUAUUGGUCCCAUACCUGCGCCUAUUGAUAUCAGUAUUCGGAGACCUGAGCCCUAUCAAUUGCGAAUUGCGGUCUUUAAUGUGUUCAAUGCGGUGGUUUGCAAGAGGAAUUUCCAGCAGCCCUGUGGGGACCUCUACAUAAAAGCGUUUAUUAAUGGAAACAAGAAGGGAGAAAAGACAGACACGCACUUCAGAGUCCUUGAUGGAUACGCUUCUUUCAACUAUCGACUUUUACUUGACUUUGACUGGAAUCCCUGGGAAAAAAGAAUUUAUGCCAAAGAAAAGAAGCGAUUCAUGCGAAAGUCCCGGAGUGAACUUGUAAAAUCAUUGCUCGUUCUUCAAUUAUGGGAUAAGAGCCGUUUCAGCAAGGACACUUUGCUUGGGGAACUAGUCUUGGACUUGCAAGGAUUUCAAGAAGGUAUGAUGGAUCCGGAUGAGAUUGAAGCCGUCUAUUAUUCACAUUUGGUGUACAGAAAUCUUGCUAGAAGGUGUAUCCUUCACUCAUGGCGUCAUCGGCCCCAGUUUUGCUGUAACCCGAAUCGCAAGACGAACUUGAAGAAGAAAAGCGUAAUACCACUGCCAAAAGCUCCGUUGUAUAAAGCCCCAAAAGUUGAUAGUCCAUUUUUCCAUCCAUUUGAAGGAGAGCCUCUGCAUGGCUAUUUCCCGAUGCUUCGGAAGGGUUGUGAGUUACCGAAUGAGCAGAAACUUGAUUAUGACGCACACAAGAAGAAAGACGACGACUUUGAUGUAAAUGCUGAGAAGGAGUACGUAACUGGUGUGGUUGAGAUUGAAAUGCAAUUAUUGUCAAAAGAGGAAGCUGACGCCGAACCAGUUGGCCGGAAGCGAAAGAAGCCGAAUCAAAAUCCACGCUUGGGCAAACCGGAUCGCUCAGCAUGGGACUCAAAUUGGUUUCUUUCGCGUAUUCGCCCAGCGCUUCGACACUUUUGGAACAAAUAUGGAAAGGUGAUCCUUGUCUGGCUCGCUGUGAUCAUUUUGUGGUUGAUCAUUCUCAUCGCCAUUAGUAUCAACAUUCCGAUUAUCCUCAAGUCAUCCUUCUCGUCGGGCAUGGAAACUGUCGGAGUCUCGGAGUCCGGAGGAUCUGAAAAA